AUGGUGGGUCGGAAUACUGCCUAUGCCGAGGAGAGUGCCGAGGUCGAGGUGUUGUACGCCAACCUCGAGAAGCUCAACCGCCUCACAAAGAAGAUCCAAGGGUCCAUGGUACGCCUAGAGACUGGUGGGAAAGUCGUCAAGGAAGCCAUUGGCCCUAUAUACAGCAACACUCAGUCCCUUCAAAUUACAAACAGCAAUAUCGACAAGGUUAAUGAUGCGAUCGAUCGCUUGCGCCAGCCCCUCGAUGCAAAGAAACGAGAGGAUGGCAUUAUCCGCGCAGGACCACAGAGUUCCGGCCUCACCCAGUAUCUGGCGGCCAUGAAACGUGUUGAAAAGGCGCUGGUCGACCUCAGUACAACAAACCUGCGAUCUAACCAGAAUGCGAUCACCGACUUCAAUGCGCUUCUGAAUACCGGCAGUGCCAAGCUGCAGGAGAUGUUACGACAGGAGUUGAACCAACACGCUACUCCCAUUGAACCCCUACAUUAUCUGACCAAAGACCUACCCUUCCCAUCCAUUCCCGAAGAAACAGUCUCCCAUUUAGCACCUUUAUGUGCAGCAGUCGGAUCCGCACAUAUCUAUGGACCACAGCGCGGCAAGGGGGAGAACCCCGCGCUGAAGGUGUAUGCAGAGGUACGGGGGCCCUAUAUCAAGAACUGUCUGCAGAAUCUCUCCAUUGCAUCUCUCAAUACUGUUAAACGCCGAGCGACCGAUGGCCCCUACCGACAAGGCACCAAUGGCAUUGGUAUCUAUUCCAAUGCGCUGGAAGGCUUCAUCACUACAGAGCACAAUAUUAUCACCGAGUUGUUCAGCGGAGACCAGCAGGGCCUGGCUUUGCAGGCAACAUUCUCCACAACCAUGAAUGAAUAUUCGGUAACAUUGCGAGAGCUCAAUUCGUACAUCAAGGCCAAUCUGAUGACAGACUGCUUCCUGGCAUUCGAGAUUAUUGAAAUUGUGACAGCAAUGUCCUAUCGCAUUGAUACCAAGUCUGCAGAGCUUAAGGCCGCAUUAAUCGAGGCUUUGCGACCUGUUCGCGACACUGCGAAAUCGUCACUCUCUGAAUUGCUCGAGGAAACGAAACGCAAAGCUGCUACCACGCCACUUCCGCCAGACGGCGGAUCUGUGCCGCUUGUGGAAGAAGUGAUGAGUUCAUUAGCCACACUCACUGGCUACUCAGGCCCAUUGGCGUCUAUUUUGACAUCCUUGGGAGAUGGAAAUUGGCGCACCAAAGCCAAUGCCAGUGGAAGCGCUCCUUUGGAUGUGGGUCCGGAUAGCGGCACUCUUCUUUCGCACUUCAUUCUGGACAUGAUUGAGUCCUUGAUGACCUCUUUAGAAGCUCGGGGUCGAGCAUUCCACCGAUCCAAGGCUGCACUUGGUGUGUUCUUGUCCAACGUUUUCUGCAUUGUCGACCGAUCAAUCCGACAGAACCCAGAACUAGCACGUUACCUAGGUGCGCCGGACAGCAUCGCCAGAAUCGACACGUUCCGCAAGCGUGCAACAUCCACUUACCUUGAUGCGUGGAAGGAAACAUCACAGUACCUCCUCGAUGUUCAGUACACCUCCCGCUCUGGGGCACGAGCCAGUUCUGGAGGUGCCACCGAUUCAAGUGCCAUUGUCAAAAGUCUGUCGUCCAAAGACAGAGAUGCGAUCAAGGAAAAGUUCAAAUCUUUCAACGCAAGCUUCGACGACAUGGUAUCUCGGCACAAGAAUCUGCACAUGGAGCGCGAGGUGCGCACUGUGUUGUCUCGGGAGCUUCAAACUGUUCUCGAGCCUUUGUAUGCCCGCUUUUACGAUCGCUAUGUCGAGAUCGACAAGGGUCGUGGCAAGUACAUCAAGUACGACAAGAACAGUCUGUCUGUGCAAUUAGCACAGCUUGGUUGA